AUGGGCGUGGAGACCCCGAGCGGAGCUGCCAACAUCUCCUACACGGAAUUCGUCCUGCUUCCGUUCCCCGGCCUCAAGGAUUCCAGGCAGCUCCUUGCGAUCCCUUUCUUCUGCCUCUUUGUGGUCAUCCUGGCGGCCAACUCCGUCCUGAUCUACACGGUGAAGGCAGAGGAGAGCCUCCACUCGCCCAUGUGCCUGCUCAUCGCCCUGCUGCUGGCGGUCAACAUCUGUGGGACGGCCACCAUCCUCCCCAAGAUGCUCCUCAGCUUCCUUCUCCGCGCCAGCCGCAUCUCGCUGGCCGAGUGCCUGGUGCAAAUGUUCUUCUUGUACUUCACAACCGUCCUGGACUGCAGCGUCCUGCUGAUGAUGGCUCUCGACCGAUACGUGGCCAUCUGCCACCCGCUGCGCUACGCGGACAUCAUGACCACCCGGCUGCUGGCGCUGCUGACUCUUGCCUCCGUGUUGCGUAGCCUUUUCGUCGUCAGCCCCGUGGUGAUCCUGGCUUCCCGGGUGAGCUUCUGUCGCUCGGACGUCAUCAGCCACUUUGCCUGUGAGCACAUGGCCCUGAUGAGGUUGUCCUGCAGCGACAUCUCCAUCAACAAGGCGGUGGGGAUGGCGAUGCGGUGCAUCGACGUCAUCCUGGACUUCAGCAUCCUCCUGGCUUCCUACAGCCAAAUCGUCCGCACGGCGCUGAAGAUCGCUUCCGGCAACGUCCGCCACAAGGCCUUCCACACCUGCGGGACACACCUGAUCGUCCUCUUCAUCAGCUACUCCUCCCGCCUCUCCUCCUCCAUCGUCUUCCGCCUGGCCAAGUCGGCCUCCCAAGACGUCCACAACCUGAUCAGCGCAGUCUACCUGCUGUUCCCCUGGGCUGUCCACCCUGUUAUCUACGGGGUAAGGACCAAGGAGAUCAGAGAGAGCCUCCAGAAGCUCUUCAGGAGAUCUGACAUUCCUCUCCUUAGGACUUUCAAGCACUAAAUGAGCCGCUGCUGGAUGGCCGCUGGCCCGGGAUUCUCAAUCUGUGAUUCUUGCAUUGCGAGGGGUUGGACUGGAUGACCCUCGGGGGACGCUUCCAGCGAUUCUGCAAUGUUUUGGGGGUUGAUUUAAAUUAAUUUAAUCCACUGUACGCUUUUUGGACUAUUUCAUGCAUACCGCUUAAAACUUCCAGCAAUUAAGGGGAGCACAAAUGGCUAAAAUAUUACAUGUAGCCAUACUUGAGGAAGAAAAUGUAUCUUGGCCAAUCUUGCAUUCUGUAUUUUUAAUAUUUUUGUAAGCUGUACCCAGAGAACUCAGUGAUAAAGGCAGCAUACCAAUGUUAUAAAUAAAUACCGACUCAGGGAGAUCCA